GAACUUAUAUAGCCUGUACAUUUAAGCUCCUCAGACGGUCACCAGCAGCUGCUGCAAUGGAAACAUUUAUUCAAGGACAGAAUAAACGCUUGUCCUCAAAUGAUCUCCGAAGAAGUCCAAGGAAGAAGAUUAAAACGGACAAAGAUGAGAGGAUAAAGGAGGAAGAUGAGGACCCAGCUUUAGGAGAGUUCUCCCAUCCUGUCCCUUGGCAAAAAAUUGAGGCGGAGGGUUUAGACUGUGAUUACGCAUUGCUAUUUCCAAAAGAGGAAGCUGAUAACCUGUUUCAACUCUUAGAAGAAGAAGUGGUGUACUCAACAGGAGAAGAGGCAAAGGUCCAGGUGUUUGGAAAGGUAUAUAAUAUACCCAGAAAGCAGGCAACAUGUGGAGACGCAGGUCUACAGUACACUUACUCUGGAGUGACACGUUUAGCCUGUCCAUGGACUCCAACGUUGAAAUACAUUCGAGAUGCAGUCACAAAAACGACAGGCCAGACAUUCAACUUCGUCUUGAUCAACAGGUACAAAGACGGGCAGGAUCACAUGGGAGAGCAUCGGGAUGACGAGAAGGAGCUGGACCCCUCCUGUCCCAUCGCUUCUGUCUCUUUGGGAGCAGCGCGGGACUUCAUCUUCAGACACAGAGACGCUCGAGGGAAACAGAGUAGCCGGCAGAUUGGACCCGUGAAGCUGGAACUGGCCACUGGCAGCCUCCUCCUCAUGAACCCACCAACCAACACCUUCUGGUACCACAGCCUUCCUGUUCGGAAGAAGGUCCUUUUGCCACGAAUUAAUCUCACUUUCAGACGUAUCUUACUGGAUAGCAAGAAAUGCAAACCAUUGUAAAGCUUUUGUAAAUUAUUUACUUGUCAACUGGCAAGGUGGAGCCUCGGUGUCGGUGUUAAAAUAAUGCACUGUGGGGAUUCAUUAACAGACCUUCAAACUCAUCUCCAAAAUCAGACAGGUUGAAAUUUGCACCCAACAAAACCAUUAAAAAAUAUAU